AUGACACGAGACCCACCAAGCACGGAAACGAUUUUCCACGGAACAGCCUACAUCGAUGGACAGGGCGCCGGCUCGCUCCUUCCCAGCAGCGAACCGCUAAGUUUCUGGGGCGGAGUGAAUCCCUCCACCGGGGAAAUUGUCGACCGCCACCACGAGCUCAGCGGGCGCCAUCUCCAGCAUUCCAUCCUCGCCAUCCCCAGUGGCCGCGGUUCGUGUUCCGCGAGCGGGGUUAUGCUAGAGCUUCUAAGGAACGGCAAGGGACCUAAUGCGAUUAUUUUCGAGCGGCAAGAGGAGAUUCUUACGCUGGGUGUAAUGGUUGCUGAGGAGAUUUUUGGCCUGGCUAUUCCAAUCGUGAGGUUGCAGCCGGGCGACUUUCGGCAGCUUCUUGGGCUUGGUGGCUCCUGGGUAGAGGUUUCUGGUGGGCGCGUGAGGGUUACAAGCAGGGGUGUUAAAGAUGGUAAUGGCUGCUCACAUGGUCCAAGUAUCGACAUCGGGAGACGGAGCAUACAUGUAGGCUCCGUGAAGCUUUCCCCAAUUGACCGGGCAUUUCUUGAAGGUGCCUACGGCGAGGCUGCGCGCGUCUCGAUGCGAAUCCUUCUACAAAUGGCGCGCUUGCUCGGUACCAAAGAGUUAAUGGACGUCUCCCAAGUCCAUGUCGACGGCUGCAUAUACACAGGGCCAGCCUCACUGGCCGUCGCAGACAAGCUUCGUGAUUGGGGAGGCCAAGUGCGCGUACCAACAACCCUCAACUCGAUAUCCAUCGACCUAAACCGCUGGCGCGCGCAGGGAAUUGAUCCCCUCUUCGCCGGAAACGCCCAAUCGCUGGCCCAGGCGUACAUAGACAUGGGUGCCCGACCGACCUUUACAUGCGCACCGUAUCAACUGGAGUCUGCGCCGAAAUUCGGCGAGCAGGUCGCAUGGGCCGAGUCUAAUGCUGUGGUCUAUGCGAAUAGCGUACUGGGCGCCAGGACAAUGAAGUACCCUGACUUCCUCGAUAUAGCUAUUGCCCUGACGGGUCGUGCGCCGAAGGGAGGGCCGCAUACUGACGCUAAUCGACUUGCGUCUCUUGUUGUUACAGUUGUAGGUAUUGGGGAUUCUUGGUCCAUUGAUGAUUCUUUCUACCCACUGCUCGGCUACCAUGUUGGAGGCCUCACGGUGAAUCGUAUCCCUGUCAUUGUGGGGAUUUCAUCUCUCGCCCCUACGAGGGAUAAUUUGAAGGCGUUUGGCGCGGCAUUUGCAACACUGUCGAGUGCUCCCAUGUUCCAUAUUCUCGGGGUCACACCAGAAGCCACAACGCUCGAUGCUGUCCUCCGCAAGGAUCCAGAUAUACAAAGAAUCAGUGUCAGCUUGGCCACGUUGAGUUCCUGCUGGGAACAACUAAACAGCGCAUCGUCCGAUCAAGAGGUGGGAUUAAUAUCCCUCGGCAACCCGCACUUCUCCCUCCAGGAGAUGCGACAACUCGCGCGACUCUGCCGGGGCCGCCGGAAAAGAGACGGCGUCACCGUCAUUGUGACAUGCGGGCGGGCGUGCUACGGCCUAGCCACACAGGCAGGGCUCAUCACGGCGCUGGAGGAAUUCGGCAUCCAGUUUGUUACCGACACCUGCUGGUGUAUGAUCGGGGAUCCGAUUAUACUGCCGUCUGCAAAUGCCAUCAUGACGAACUCUGCCAAAUAUGCGCAUUACGGCCCUGGGCUUACGGGGAGGCAGUUCCUUUUCGGCAGCCUCGCGCAAUGUGUGGAUGCUGCGUGUGAAGUGGAUAUUUUCUUGAGUAAACCUCUCUGGCUACAGUCAUAA